GUUCACAUCAGGCAGGAGAGCGGUGAGAUCUCCCAAAGAAGCCAGGGCUGGCCAUAAUGUCAGGAUGGAAAACUAUGUGAAAGAAAGUAACAACAAGAACCCGCAUUUAUUUAUCACCCUUGACAAAGUUAAAAAACCCUCAAGACACUUCAUAUGAAGGUAACACUUGACACCAGGCCAGUUAUGAAGAUGAGUUGCCAAGUAUUUGAUCAAAGAGAAACGGAGUGUCUUAAGGGAAAAGAGAAAGAUAAUGCGGCAACAGUUUUAGGGAGGAGUUCCACAAUUUGGGAGCUGAGGCAGUUAAAGGCAUGCCGACCAGUUAAACUGGAGGACCCGGAGGAGCACACUGUGAUCUGAGAGAGCCACGGAGGUUCGGAAGGUGCAGGAUUGAGACAGCAAUUCUGAGGGGGAAUAGAAACUAAAUACGAAGACUUCAAAAUCAAAGCAUUAAUUGGACUGGAUGACAACAAGCUCAAGUAGAUGGGCAGUCAGUACGUGGUGAGGGUCAGCGACAUCAGCAACAGCACAGUUGUUAACUGUGACUCACUGGGUGGCACCCUGCUCUCUAUCAGAAGGUCACUAACUUGAAGAAAAUAUCUAAGCAUUAGCUGUGGUAGUGCCUCAGGACCCUAUUCUGACCAUUGGGGCAUCACUGGCUGCCAUGUGCAUUGUGAACCCUGAGGUUAACGAGGACGCCCAGGAUCUGUACUGGACACUAAACGGCAUGAGGCUUCCUGCAGACUUGUACAAUCUAGUGAAUAACAGCGCACUGAAGGUGACAAUUCAUGGCCUGAAUGGCUCACGGCAACAAUCUGGUGAUAACCUGUUGUGUCACCGUAGCGACAACAGGGUUCUGGCUGGCACGUGUCUCUAUGUGGGCUUUCCCCCUGAAAAACCUACCAACAUUACCUGCUGGUCAAAGAACACCAAGGACCUCACCUGUAAAUGGAACCCAGGGGGCGAGGGUGAAUCCUUUCUUCAUACCAACUACACACUGAAGUACAAGUUACGCUGGUACGGUAAGGAGAACGAGUGCCAGGAGAUGGCCAGAGCUGGACCAAAUUCUUGCUACAUUCCCAAGGAUCUUGCCCUCUUCACUCCGUAUGAAAUCUGGGUCGAGGCAUCAAACAAAUUGGGGACUGCAGCUUCUGACAUCCUCUCUCUGGACAUCCUGGAUGUGGUUACCACGGAUGCUCCAUUUGAUGUUCAGGUGAACCGUGUUGGUGAUCUGGAGGACCAGCUCAGUGUCCGAUGGAGCUCUCCGCCUGCAUUGAGAGAUUUCCUCUUUCAGGCCAAGUAUCAGAUCCGGUAUCGUGUGGAGGACAGCACGGAAUGGAAGGUAGUGGAUGACAUUGGAAACCAGACGCUGUGCCGACUGGCAGGGUUACGACCGGGCACUGUAUAUUUUGUGCAGGUGCGUUGUAACCCUGUUGGCAUUUACGGUUCAAGAAAAGCUGGGAUUUGGAGUGAAUGGAGCAUUCCCACGGCUGCCUCCACACCCCGGAACGAGAGGUCGAGUGGCACGUGUUACCAGAAGAGUGGGGAGAGCAGCUCCAAUCUGCGGCGUGAGCUCAAGCAGUUUUUCGGCUGGGUUAAGAAGCAUGCCUAUGGGUGUACUGCUCUGAACAUCAAACUGUACGACCAGUGGCGUGUGUGGCUGCAGAAAUCGCACAAGACACGGAACCAGCCAUCAUUGACUGUUCCGCCCUUUCUCUUCUCCCAGAACCAAGAAGUCGCCGUUUUUGUCGGACUACAGGAAGAUUCUCCAGGCCGGUAACUCCAGAAAUUAUUCUUCAAAAGGACAGACCCCUUAGGGGGGAGUGAGGAUUGGUCUUUGAAACAAAAUGAAUGUGUGAAGCAGUCAACACAACCCUUGAUCCUCAUUGUUAGUCUUAGAGCAGUUACUAACACUCCUAUAGGUGUAUCCAUUUAUUCGUUAACGAUACAGGAGAUGCUUUAGUGACAUCAAGUGUUUAGACACUGACAGUUCCCCUCAGCAAUCUACGAUCAAAUCCAUCACAGGGGUUGAAGGCCAUUCCUCUUUCAACUGCUGGUCAACAUUUCAUAUUCAAUAAUUUUGUCUUUUAGUUGUGUUUUCAGAACCUUAACAUCCUUAUCUCUUUAUUUCUUGCUCCUAACAUCUGUUUGUGUAGUUUGGUGUUAGUUUUUAUUUUGUAAAACCCUUGUGAUGUCUGAUAGAGAGUACUUAAAGGUGUUGUACAAAUGUCAAGUGUUGUUGAAUAGUCCAAAAUUUUAGCAGCAUAAAGUAUUCAAAGUUCCCAGGAAGUAAAUGACAUGGAGCAUUGGAAAAUCCACCCAGUACAUGGAACAAUGCUUUUAAAUAUGAACGCAAAAAGCAACUGAAUCAAAAUAUACGGGAUUGAUCAUUUAUUUACUUUGUAAUAAACCUGGCACAACAUUUAAUGUUGUCAAA